AUGAAGCCUGUCAGCAUCCUCGUCGGCGCCCUUGCCGCUGUUGCCACUGCCGCUCCCACCGUUCCCACCACCAAGGAGAUCGAGACCCGCGCCAGCUUUGACCUGGGUCUGCUGAACAACCUCAACCGCUUCAACAACGUCAACCUGAACUAUCUCCUCAACAUCAACUCUCUGAACCUCCAGCUCCUUGCCCAGCUUGGCAACGUCAACAACUUCAACGUCCUGGGCUUCCAGGGCCUGUUCCAGAGCAACGUCUUCGACCUCAACGCUCUGCUCCAGCUCCAGCAGCUCGAGAUGGUCCUGCAGCUGGCUCAGCUCGGCCUGUUCAACGGCUUUGACCUGUCCACCCUGGCCUUCAACCAGCUGAACCUGGGUCUCAUCAACAACAUCGGUGGCUUUGACUUCAACACACUGAUCGACAACUCCAUUGUGCCCCAAAUCACCUCCAUUGCGCAGCAGACCGGGGUGUCGCCGCAGCCAGCCCCCGGCUCUGUCGUCACCGCUCAACAGGAGAGUGCACAGGACGGUUCGGCUUCGCUGCCUAAUUAA